AUGGCCGACAAUGCUGACACCACCGUACACAAGACACCUCCCCGUAACUCUACCUUGUCUGCCAAUUUGGAGGCUGGGCUCAAGUUCAUCACUCGCAGUCGGUUCCGCUGCUGUCAGCGAACAGUCAAUGAUGUCCGCCCAUGGAUUGCGAGGGACAUCCAAAACUUUGAGAAGUGUGAGGCAGAUACGAUGCUGCAAGAACUCUUUGCAAGAUGUACGGAUUUCUCUCAAUACCUUUUUGGCAGCCAGAAAUCGAAGCUGCUCAAGAUAAAGGGACACCUGACUGAUUUUUGUGAUAUCGAGCGCGAACCAUCGACAUAUGCUCCUUUCGUCAAAGCCGCCAACUGUGCACUCCGUGAACUAAGCAAGGUGAAGGUACAUGGAAUACCUGCGUCCAAGGUCGACGACACGACCGAUGUCCUACUUCAUGUCAAUGAUCCAAAGAGGACCACCAGGACAAACAGUCCGAACACAAGCCUGACCCUUGUCGUCGUUCCCCACCAAACUGCCCUGGGUAAGAAAGUACACGAAACGCAAGAAUCACAGGUUUUUACCGAGAUGGCGUGCAAAUCGCCCAACGACAACUUUCAAUGGACCGAUGUUCGAUUGACAUCGCAUAGUAGCCAUGCUGGCAUCCAUUGGCGCCUACUUAUGAACGCAAAGCUGAAUUAUAUCCAUCGCAUGGCGGCUAGGACAUGCUUCAUGCUACUUGGGGUACAUGGGGCCGGCCAUAUUAUAUCCGAUCCCUAUUAUCGAAAACUUCCGGGAGAGUUAUCGCCGCGUCCCGUUCGCCGCAACAUCUAUGAGGUCCUCUUUCAUGUUCACUUCCUUGGCGUCCUCAUAUUUCUGGUAGGAGGAUAUUACCACACUAAAGGUGCUCACUUGCAGCGAACAGCGGGUCGUACUGGAUAUGGCCCUCGUUCAGGAACUGGGAAAAUGGACGCAGCGACUGAAACGCUUUCCAAAAAUGUCAUUCGAUUGCGCCUGUGUCGACCCAUGCAUUUCCAUUGGUCCCCGGGACAAACGGCAUAUCUGAUAAUGCCCUCAGUUUCGACCCUGCCAUUCGAAGCGCACCCAUUUACGAUUGCGAGUUUUGAUUCUAGUCUGCUGUCAACUGCACCAGCAGAGGGUCAAUCCAGCGCCGAGGUCAUGGGAUCUAGCGCCCCGUUCUGGAAGGAGCUGGCAUUUUUGGUCAACACGCAGGAAGUAGCUUCCAAGAAGGAAACUGUCAAGGUUUUUGUGAAUGGUCCUUACGGCCCAUCUCCCGACCUCGGUUCAUACGACGCCUCUGUAUUGGUGGCAGGUGGGUCUGGCGUCUCGUAUACCCUCCCGGUCUUCCUUAACAUCAUCGAAUGCAUAUGCAAGGGGAAAGCUCUGGCACCUUCUUCUUCAAGGUUAUUGACGUCACGCAUUGUAGAGUAUGUCCAAUGGAUUGAAGAAGAACAUGCUGUUCGGCUUGCUCCACCUUCUUUGACAAUCUCUAUUCGCAUCUUUAUCACCGCUUCUUCAUCCAACACAUCCAGGGAAGACAAUUCCAGCAUUUCAAGUUCGACUGAGAAGAAAGAUAAUCCGGAACCCACAUAUCCUAUAUUUGCUGCAUAUGGCAUAACGUCGCUUUCAACUGCUCCUCAUUGUGGGCGCACAUCACCAUCACAGCUGACAACGUGCAUAAUGUUUACAGAGGUCUACGCGAUCUUCGCCUUCAAACUCGCCUUUUUUUCCUCAGACAGAAACGAGCAUAUUGCACAAGCGGACCACAGCCUCGACCAGUUAGCAAAUAGCCUUGCCAAACGAUCUAGAGCGCGACCGUCUCCGUACCCUCCAAGAGACCCUUGCUCAGCACACAGCACACUUCAUGUUGCAUGCCUCCUUCCACCCCAAUCACUAGCGCUUACCAAGGAAUCUCAGGAGCUCUCUGUGUUGAGUCAAACUAUUGGUAGAGCACGCUCAGGCCUUGUACAGGAGCUAGUAGAGGUGUUUCACGUUGUCGAAGUUGGGGGACGACCUGCAGUGGACGGCCAGGUGCAAGAGGAGAAUGGACUGUUGGCAGACUGGUUCUUCCAGUACUGGGAGACGUUAGACGUGCCUUACGAUUACUCACUAUGCCAAGAAUCUGAUCACAUAGGACAUAGACCCGUGUGGGUCAACGCGUACCCGGUCACUAGAAGUUGCAAUUUCUCUCAUUAG